CAGCCGAAGCUAUCCCACAUUAGGCCCAUGAUAAGGCCGAUAUCGUUGCAGUUUCAGCCGCACCUUAUCCCGGGAAACUGAGCGCUCGGAGGAAGAAGCCGCCGCCGCCGCCGCCGCCGUACAGGGAGACAAAAAUGGAGGUGGGCUUGCGGCUACGCGCUCUCGCUCACAGCCGCGCGGCAUUCGCCGGAUUUUCAGUGGCCGCGCACGGCUGCAGGCAUCGCCAACCGCGCCGCGUAGCCUCUUCAUCUGCCUCCUGUUCCCUUGCAGUUGCUUCCAGCGGCAAUGGAGCCGCGGCUGGACCCGUGGGGAGCGGCGUGGAGGUCGCGCGCGCCAAGAGGAUGCUCCAUGUGGUGCUGGUUUCCCCUCUGAUCCCAGGAAAUACAGGAUCAAUUGCAAGGACUUGUGCAGCAUCAGCAGUUGGCCUCCAUCUUGUCGGGCCAUUGGGUUUUCAUGUAGAUGACACAAAACUUAAGCGUGCUGGAUUGGAUUAUUGGCCAUAUGUUGUCGUUAAGAUUCAUGACUCCUGGGAUGAGUUCCGAGAUUAUUUCAUGAAGCAGGAUGGGCAAAAAAGAUUGUUGGCAUUUACCAAAAGAGGCACCCACAUUCAUUCAGAUUUCUCAUAUAAGCCUGGGGACUGGCUAGUAUUCGGGUCCGAGACAAAAGGGCUACCAGAAUCCGCCCUGGAAGACUGCUCCGGAGAAGCCCUGGGUGGUGGAACCAUCCGAAUUCCGAUGGUGGAAACCUAUGUCCGGUGCCUGAACCUCUCGGUGAGCGUUGGAGUAGCGUUGUACGAAGCAGCGAGGCAGCUGAACUACCAGCAGCUCCAGUACCAACCUGAUCUCCCAGAGGAAGCGCAAGGACUGUUCCCAGCAGAGGAUAUUUAUGGAUGAAAUCACUUUACCUGAGAAUCAAUCGACGAAACUCUGUUGCUUUCAAACUGAAACACAGAGUUUCUUCAGCUGUAUGCCCGGUGCCUGGUAAUUUUGUUAGCAUUUGAUCCGGAUGUUCUCUUUUUGUUUGCAUUCUCAACCAAGAUGUGCACUGGACUGUCCAGAGACCAAUUGGAUGUAUACACUUUUUGCGGUCAGGAGGUAAUUAGACAUGACAAGAAACAAGAUGGGGUCACUUCUGGCCUCCAGGA